AUUUGGAGUUUUUUUCACGAGAACUUUCCUCUCAUCUUUGUUCACUAAGGAAUUUCAAGACAAGGUCCAAGAAAAGUUAUACGAAUUCAUGAAGGAACAACUCUACACCAUGGACUCCUCAAUGGCUAGCAAGUACGCAACUCAUAACGAAACACAAUUUUAUGAGUUCUACAGCAACUUUGGUCGUUUGGGUGAAGCUUUGAAUCACUAUCUUGGCAAUCUUGAAUCUACCCUCAAGGAAAUUCAAGUCAAGAAUAGUUCCUCUGUCAAGUCCUCCUCAUCAUCUUCUUCCUCCUCUUCUGUCUCUUCUUCAUCUUCUUCCAACUCCAGCUCUAGGGAAUCUAACAAGAAAAGAAGAAUGGAUGACAAGUCCGAAUCUUCAAAGUCGUCUAUCAACUUUGAACGAUUAUUCGAUCCCACUUAUGUACUCAACGAUCAAGAACGUACUCAUAUGCGUAAACAGCUCAAGUAUCUCUCUUGUCGUGUGGCUCGCUUUACUCCUGAUCAUUUGAAGGAAUGUAUGGAAAGAAAGAAAUUUCUUGCCAACAAAAACCGACAAUGAUCAUGAAGAACAGCUAAAUGUCCCUCUCCCCAUCCUCGACGAUGACAAUGAGUUUCAAGCAGCACUUCUGGAGUUAGAUAAUUUCAUUAUCCAUGAUAAUGAUGAAUUAAACAAUACUUUAAAUAAAAAUAUUUUCUCUAUUCUAA